AUGGAGAAUGCCAGCCACGGCUUGACAGGGCUUGGGUACGACCAUGAGACAGGCUUGUUCACUGCACCUGACCAUUGGUGGGCGAAAAUGCAAGCGAUGAACAACCGAUGUGCUAAAUUCAGGAGUAAGCCUCUAGAACACGUGGAUCUCAUGGAGCGGGUGUACUCUGGCACAACAGCGACUGGGAAACAUGCAUGGACUCCAACAGAAGUGCGCGAUGAUGCUGCUGCUGUGACCAAUGCCAUGAACGUGGAUAGCGGAAUGGGACCUCUCAAUGCAGGCACACCACCACAGCCGGGCCAUGACACUGUCGAGGAGAACGUGGUUGAUAAUAGCCUCUUUAAGGAUGCUCCCCCCCAGUCAGCCGUGGAUGGAUCAGCCAAUCCAAAACGGCGCAAGCGGGAAAUGCCUGGUACUGUUGCUAGUAGCAUGGACAAUCUCAUGGAAGUAGUGAGCAAACAAAGCAGGGAGCUAAAAAUCACGCAAUACGUUGUCACGAGUAAAGGUGACAACACAAUGGGGCACUGUCUUGCACGGCUUAUGAGCACGCCUAGAUUAGAACCCAGCGGUAAGUUGUUCUCAUUCGCAUGCGGCAUAAUGGAUUCACCCGAUAAUCAGGACAUCAUCAUGGCCCUUCCCCAGAAUUACAUUGUCAAUUAG